UAGUGGGCCUGUAGAUCACUCUUUUUCAUCCAAGACAAGGGACGGGGACGGAAAGUGUCAUUUUAUGCAGUAAAGAGGGUAGAGUGCCUAAAUUUUUUUGUAAUGUUACUGAAUAUAAUUUUAUACAUUCUCUAUUAGCACAACAGUAUCGAUUACUUUUAAAACGUGAUAUAGAUAAUGCUAGAUUAUCAAAUUUUAGUGUUAAAAUGUGUGUGUAAGAUGUGAAGACUGUACCAAUCAUGAAUCACAACAUGUUGGUGAAUUUACGCUCAUACCUAACAGUUUUCGUUCUUUUUUACCUUUCACACUAUAGCAGCUUUCGAUCCAGUGAAAACAACGGUAUUUGUCUUACUUGCUACAUGCACAGCUCUUUUAAUCAUAAGUUGUUGUUUUGUGAUCAUCUACCGAAGCAGGAGGAAGAAAUGUAUCUCCCGAAGUGACCCACCUAUGAACCACAUACCUACCAGUGAUGGUCUCUCUGAUGAUCUGUCUUUUACUACCUGCACUACGUCACUCUCUGCACUUUCGCGGGCCAACAUCAGCUGCAACGUGCGUGAUGGACGUAGAGGGCCGAGGCUGUUGGAUAACCCAAGUAUCCAGCUUCCCAUGACCUCUGCAGUUGUUGGAAAUAUUUCACCAAGUGAUUUAGACACAUGCAAUCCUGCACCCUCCAAAGAUGCACAUAAAUCUGACUCAGAACUCUGUGACGCAACUCUGGAUGUUGAUGUCAACUUUUGGAGUGAUGCCAACAGUUCUGUUUGCCAAAUGCCUUCGAAGACCAAUUCUGGAUCCCGUUUAAACCCAUUAAGUCUGCGAUUUUUGCAUCAGGGGUCCCCAAACGCACCUGACAUUCAAACUAUGGAAAGGUUAGAUGUGGCACAGUGUGAAACAAUCCCAAACAUCCUGAAGGAAGAACUGAGGAGAUACAAGUUUAUCGACAGCAUUCAGAUCUGGAACAACCGACUCAGAGUUCACGUCUGUCUUAGCAUGUGCGAGGGAAAGACAAAUGAAGAGGUAGAGGAGAUGGUGAAAUCAUUGGUGGAGACUCACGGGAAUAUAGAUAAAACUGACUGUGACGUAAUAUUAGCAGAGUCUCCUGUUAAGUUGACAUUUUACAAUUAUCCACCAAGCUCAGGUGCUAAAUUAAACUUACAAAGUCUCCCGGACAAACACAUGACGUUAGGGGCAUACGCGACGACCGGGGAUGAAGGUGUAGUGUACCUUCUGAGUGCAGGACACGGCGUUAGCAAUGAAAGCGAAGACUUAUUUAAUGUACAUUUAACCAAUGGUCAAAACAUUACAUGCGUUUGUCGGUAUCUCGUUAAGUUCGGCGCUUCAGGCAAUUUUCCGUGGGUGGAUAUAACAGCCUUGGAAGCCUGUGGACUGAGGAUAAUGGGCCACUGCGCUUUGAAUUACGUCCACCUUCGCGGCCUUUAUUUACUGCAGGUAUGGAAGUCUGAUGUGAAGCUGCUGUCUGGAAAAGUUAUGUACAAAAUUGGAGCAACGACGGGGCGCACAGAAAGUGUGAUCAAAGGGAGAGAUUUCACGCAAUUUAGCACGGGGAUUGAGAAUGUCGUAUUUCUGGAGCACAUUUAUAAUAAUGAGAUUUUUUGCAAGCCUGGUGACAGUGGCGCUAUUGUGCGGAGAAAGGCAGACGACUCGGCCGUUCUCAUGAUAAUUGGGGAAGCAGAUUUCUCUCGAUCCGGUGGCGAGAAGGGCAUAAUGGCAUUCAAGUUGUGCGAUGGUCUGGAUGCACUUAAAGAAAUGUCAGGAUCCGAAUGGAGACUGCUUAACCACACUAACGUGAAAGCUGAAUAACAAACUAUUCCACUAGGGUUCCUCAAAUCUGCUUGUAAAUGGGUGGUGAAAAAGUCCACGUCCCACGAGUGGGGUUAUAACACUUGCCAAAACGAGGAUUUGAAAAUUUGAGACAAUCUUUUCAUCAGCACACGAACAAUACGUGGUGCCUUGAUAUGAAACUAGACAACUUUUGUGUUUUUAAUCUCCAAAUACUAAAAAAAAAUCAAUUAAGCUAAU